UGCCAGGAGUUGUAGUUUUGCAACAUCUGGAGGUCCGCAGGUUGAAGACCACUGGUAUAGGAGUUAAUACUCACGUGUCCCCGUCGCCCUGGACCCGUCACCGCUCGUCACCGCUGCCCUGGAUGUCGCCCUCCAUCGCUGUCGCCGCGUCCCCGGGGUGUCCCCGCCGCUCCAGAACGUCUCUGCUGCCCAGUAUCCUCGAUCUCUGUCGCCGCCAUCACGUCAUCACUACGCACGCCGCUCCUAUUGGAUGACGGGACGGCGUGCGUGAUGACGACGAAGGAGAGCGCCGGCCAUGCAGGGGAUCCCGGCACGGAGCAGACACCGAGGAGGCAGAGAACAGUGCUGAGGUCUCUCCAGGUUCCUAUAAGGUGUCAGGACGUGGCGGUCUAUUUCUCCAUGGAGGAGUGGGAGUAUGUAGAAGGACACAAGGAUCAGUACAAGGAUCAGGUGAUGAUGGAGGAUCAGCAGCCCCUCACAUCAGCAGUCAGAUCCAGUAAGAGAACAGCAGCAGAGAGGUGUCCCCGUCCUCUUCUUCCACAGGAUCAGGAUCAGCUCAUGGAUCAGGGUAAAGAUCUGAACUAUAUUAAUGCUACAGACAUAAAGGGAGAAGAAAAGAAAUAUGUGAGCGGUGAUGAGCAAUAUAAGGAGGACAUUCCUCUGAACUAUAUUAAUGCUACAGACAUAAAGGAAGAAGAAGAGACAGAUGUGAGCAGUAGUGAGCAGUAUAAGGAGGACAUUCCUACAGGGAAAGAUCUGAACUAUAUUAAUGCUACAGACAUAAAGGAAGAAGUAGAAGAGACAGAUGUGAGUGGUGAUGAGCAGUAUAAGGAGGACAUUUGUACAGGGAAAGAUCUGAUCUAUAUUAAUGCUACAGACAUAAAGGAAGAAGUAGAAGAGGCAGGUGUGAGUGGUGAUGAGCAGUAUAAGGAGAACAUUCCUACAGGGAAAGAUCUGAUCUAUAUUAAUGCUACAGACAUAAAGGAAGAAGAAAAAGAAACAGAUGUGAGUGGUGAUGAGCAGUAUAAGGAGGACAUUCCUACAGGGAAAGAUCUGGUCUAUAUUAAUACUACAGACAUAAAGGAUGAAGAGACAGAUGUGAGCGGUAAUGAGCAGUAUAAGGAGGACAUUCCAACAGGGAAAGAUCUGAUCUAUAUUAAUGCUACAGACAUAAAGGAAGAAGAAAAAGAGACAGAUGUGAGUGGUGAUGAGAAGUAUAAGGAGGACAUUCCUACAGGGAAAGAUCUGAUCUAUAUUAAUACUACAGACAUAAAGGAAGAAGAGAAAGAUGUGAGCAGUGAUGAGCAGUAUAAGGAGGACAUUCCUGCAGGUAACCACCCAGAUGAUUGUACCAGGAGAUCAGAGGAGAAUCUUAUAUCUUCAUAUUAUAAAGCAGAUAAUGAUAUCACACAAGAUACAUAUGAAGAACAUUCCAUUAUCCCAGAUACACCCUCAGCCCUUCACAGCCAAGAUCUGUCAUCUCAUCCUGUUAUACCCGUCCUGUCUACUGAUCCAUCACAGACUGUUAAGUCACAUCUUGUUGAGCAUCAGAGCAUUCACACAGGGAAGAAACUUCUUUCAUGCCAAGAAUGUGGGAAAUGUUUUAUUUUCAAAUCCCAACUUGAUAGACAUGUGAGAAUUCAUACGGGAGAGAAGCCGUUUUCAUGCCAAGAAUGUGGGAAAUGUUUUGCUAUGAAAUCAUAUCUUAUUGACCAUCAGAGGAAACACACGGGGGAGAAGCCAUUUCCAUGCUCAAAAUGUGGAAAAUGUUUUAUUUUCAAUUCCCAACUUGAUAGACAUAUGAGAUCUCACACAGGGGAAAAGCAAUUUUCAUGCAAAGAAUGUGGGAAAUGUUUUAUUUUUAAAUCACAGCUAGAUAGACAUGCGAGAACUCACACAGGGGAGAAGCCAUUUUCAUGCCAAGAAUGUGGGAAAUGUUUUGCUAUGAAAUCAUAUCUUGUUGACCAUCAGAAAUUUCACACAGGGGAGAAGCCAUUUUCAUGCUCAGAGUGUAGAAAAAGUUUUUUUUUCAAAUCACAGUUUGAUAAUCAUGUGAGAAUUCACACAGGGGAGAAGCCUUUUCCAUGCCAAGAAUGUGGAAAAUGUUUUAUUUUGAAAUCACACCUUGAUAAACAUGUGAGAACUCACACAGGAGAGAAGCCAUUUUCAUGCAAAGAAUGUGGGAAAUGUUUUACUGUGAAAUCAUAUCUAGUUGACCAUCAGCGGAUUCACACAGGGGAGAAGCCAUUUUCAUGCCAAGAAUGUGGGAAAUGUUUUACUAUGAAAUCAUAUCUUGUUGACCAUCUGCGGAUUCACACAGGGGAGAAGCCAUUUUCCUGUUUAGAAUGUGGGAAAUGUUUUACUAUGAAAUCACAUCUUUUUCAACAUCAGAUAAUUCAUACAGGGGAGAAGCCAUUUCCAUGCGAAGAAUGUGGGAAAUGUUUUAUUUUUAAAUCACAGCUUGAAAGACAUGUGAGAACUCAUAUGGGGGAGAAGCCAUUUUCAUGUCAGGAAUGUGGGAAAUGUUUUACUAUGAAAGCAUAUCUUGUUGAUCAUGAGAGGAUUCACACAGGGGAGAAGCCAUUUUCAUGCCAAGAAUGUGGGAAAUGUUUUACUAUGAAAUCACACCUUGUUCAACAUCAGAGAAUUCACACAGGGGCGAAGCCGUUUUCAUGCCAAGAAUGUGGGAAAUGUUUUAGUUCCAAAUCAAACCUUGAUAAACAUAUGAAAACUCACACUGGGGAGAAGCCAUUUUCGUGCAAAGAAUGUGGGAAAACUUAUACUGCAAAAUCAUAUCUUGUUGACCAUCAGAGGAUUCACACAGGAGAGAAGCCAUUUUCAUGCUCAGAAUGUGGGAAAUGUUUUACUAUGAAAGCAAGCCUUGUUGCACAUCUGAGCAUCCACACAGGGGAGAAGCCAUUUUCAUGCCAAGAAUGUGGGAAAUGUUUUGCUGUGAAAUCACGUCUUGUUCUGCAUCAUAGAACUCACACCGGGGAGAAGCCAUUUUCAUGUUCAGAAUGUGGAAAAUGUUUUACUCAGAAAUCACAUCUUGUUGAACAUCAGAGAAUUCACAAGGAAGAAGAAGAGACAGAUGUGAGCGGUGAUGAACAGUAUAAGGAGGACAUUCCUACAGGGAAAGAUCUGAUCUAUAUUAAUGCUACAGACCUAAAGGGAGAAGAAGAAGAGACAAAUGUGAGCGGUGAUGAGCAGUAUAAGGAGGACAUUCCUUCAGGGAAAGAUCUGAUCUAUAUUAAUGCCACAGACAUAAAGGAAGAAGAAGAAGAGACAGAUGUGAGCGGUUAUGAGCAGUAUAAGGAGGACGUUCCUACAGGUAACCACCCAGAUGACUGUACCAGGAGAUCAGAGGAGAAUCUUAUAUCUUCAUAUUAUAAAGCAGAUGAUGAUAUCACACAAGAUACAUAUGAAGAACAUUCCAUUAUCCCAGAUACACCCUCAGCCCUUCACAGACAAGAUCUGUCAUCUCAUCCUGUUAUACCCGUCCUGUCUACUGAUCCAUCACAGGCUGUUAAGUCACAUCUUGUUGAGCAUCAGAGAAUUCACACAGGGAAGAAACUUUUUUCAUGCCAAGAAUGUGGGAAAUGUUUUAUUUUCAAAUCCCGACUUGAUAGACAUGUGAUAAUUCAUACGGGGGGAAAGCCAUUUUCAUGCCAAGAAUGUGGGAAAUGUUUUAUUUUCAAAUCCCGACUUGAUACACAUGUGAGAACUCACACAGGGGAGAAGCCAUUUUCAUGCCAAGAAUGUGGGAAAUGUUUUGCUAUGAAAUCAUAUCUUGUUGACCAUCAGAGGAAGCACACGAGGGAGAAGCAAUUUUCAUGCUCAGAAUGUGGAAAAUGUUUUUUUUUCAAAUCCCAGCUUGAUAGACAUGUGAGAUCUCACACAGGGGAAAAGCCAUUUUCAUGCCAAGAAUGUGGGAAAUGUUUUAUUUUUAAAUCACAGCUUGAUAAACAUGUGAGAACCCACACAGGGGAGAAGCCAUUUUCAUGCCAAGAAUGUGGGAAAUGUUUUGCUAUGAAAUCAUAUCUUGUUGACCAUCAGAAAAUUCACACAGGGGAGAAGCCAUUUUCAUGCUCAGAAUGUGAAAAACGUUUUAUUUUCAAAUCACAACUUGAUAAUCAUGUGAGAAUUCACACAGGGGAGAAGCCUUUUCCAUGCCAAGAGUGUGGAAAAUGUUUUAUUUUGAAAUCACAGCUUGAUAAACAUGUGAGAACUCACACAGGGGAGAAGCCGUUUUCAUGCCAGGAAUGUGGGAAAUGUUUUGCUAUGAAAUCAUAUCUUGUUGACCAUCAGCGGAUUCACACAGGGGAGAAGCCCUUUUCCUGCUCAGAAUGUGGGAAAUGUUUUACUAUGAAAUCACAUCUUGUUCGACAUCAGAGAAUUCACACAGGGGAGAAGCCAUUUUCAUGCCAAGAAUGUGGGAAAUGUUUUAGUAUGAUUUCAGGGCUUGUUGCACACCUGAGCAUCCACACAGGGGUUAAGCCAUUUUCAUGCCAAGAAUGUGGAAAAUGUUAUAGGCAGAAAGAAAGUCUUAUUCGCCAUCAAAAAAUUCACACAGAGGAAAAGUCAUUUUCAUGUUUACAGUGUGGAAAAUGUUUUAUUAUAAAGUCACAUCUUGUUCAACAUCAGAGAAUUCAUACCGGGGAGAAGCCAUUUCCAUGUGAAGAAUGUGGGAAAUGUUUUAUUUUUAAAUCACAGCUUGAAAGACAUGUGAGAACUCACACAGGGGAGAAGCCAUUUUCAUGCCAAGAAUGUGGGAAGUGUUUUAUUUUUAAAUCACAGCUUGAUAGACAUGUGAGAACUCACACAGGGGAGAAGCCAUUUUCAUGCCAGGAAUGUGGGAAAUGUUUUACUAUGAAAGCAUAUCUUGUUGACCAUGAGAGGAUUCACACAGGGGAGAAGCCAUUUUCAUGCUCAGAAUGUGAAAAAUGUUUUACUAUGAAAUCACAUCUUGUUCAACAUCAGAGAAUUCACACAGGGGCGAAGCCAUUUUCAUGCCAAGAAUGUGGGAAAUGUUUUAGUUUCAAAUCAAACCUUGAUAAACAUAUGAAAACUCACACUGGGGAGAAGCCAUUUUCAUGCCAAGAGUGUGGGAAAACUUAUACUGCUAAAUCAUAUCUUGUUGACCAUUAUAGGAUUCACACAGGGGAGAAGCCAUUUUCAUGCUCAGAAUGUGGGGAAUGUUUUACUAUGAAAUCAAGGCUUGUUGCACAUCUUAGCAUCCACACAGGGGUGAACCCAUUUUCAUGCCAAGAAUGUGGGAAAUGUUAUAGACAAAAAGAAAAUCUUAUUCGCCAUCAAAAAAUUCACACAGGAGAGAAGUUAUUUUCAUGUUCACAAUGUGGGAAACGUUUUACUAUGAAAUCAAUGCUUGUUGCACAUAUGAGAAUUCACACAGGGGAGAAGCCAUUUUCAUGCCAAGAAUGCGGGAAAUGUUUUGCUGUGAAAUCAAACCUUGUCGAACAUCAAAGAACUCACACAGGGGAGAAGCCAUUUUCAUGCCCAGAAUGUGGAAAAUGUUUUACUGUGAAGUCAAACCUUGUGGAACAUAAAAAAACUCACACAGGAGAAAAGCCAUUUUCAUGUAAAGAAUGUGGGAAAUGUUUUUCUCAAAGAAAAAUGCUUAUUGACCAUGAGAGGAUUCACACAGGAGAAAAGCCAUUUCCAUGCUUAGAAUGUGGAAAAUGUUUUAAUCAAAAAUCAGCUCUUGUAAAACAUCAAAAAACUCACACAGGAGAAAAGCCGUUUUCAUGCUCAGAAUGCGGAAAAUGUUUUAGGGAGAAAUCAGAUGUUAUUCGCCAUCAAAAAAUUCACACAGGCGAGAAACCAUUUUCAUGCUUAGAAUGUGGAAAAUGUUUUUUGGAGAAAGCAAGGCUUGUUGAACAUCAAAGAACUCACACAGGGGAGAAGCCAUUUUCAUGUUCAGAAUGUGGGAAAUGUUUUACUAUGAAAUCAAAGCUUGUUGCGCAUCAGAGAAUUCACACAGGAGAGAAGCCAUUUUCAUGCCAAGAAUGUGGGAAAUGUUUUGCUGUGAAAUCACGUCUUGUUCUGCAUCAUAGAACUCACACCGGGGAGAAGCCAUUUUCAUGUUUAGUAUGUGGGAAAUGUUUUACUCAGAAAUCACAUCUUGUUGAACAUCAGAGAAUUCACACACAGAAGAAGCCAUUUUCAUGACUUGCGACAAGUUUGUAUUGUUAAAAGUAAAAUUUUUGGCGCAGUAAAUGCGUUUUUACUUAGUAACUUCUGUUUUUGGCAGAUGCAGUGGACAGUGAUUUAUGUGAAGUGCGACUUUCAUGAAAAGUUGCAAAAAAAAAAAUCAACCCAAUUGUAUCCUAUUUUUGUGCAUUUCACACACAUUACACUGCAAUCAUUUUGAAAUUAAUUGUUUAUGGAAAUUAUGGAACUUUAUAUUAUGUAAUUAAUGUUAUUACAAUUAGCUUUUGUUUAUUAUUUGUGUGGUGUAGUGUCAUUUAAAGUGUUUUCAUUAAAAAUCAUUAAAAAAAUCUCACGUAUUAUGCACAAUAAA